AUGGUUGUAGCAAACGAAGCUCACCAAGAGUUAUUUGGAGGUGCAAUACGCGUAUGGAUACCGCAAGGAUUUGACGAUGUUAGCGAAAUCCGUCAGGUGCCAGACAAUCAAACUGUAUAUGCCAGUCCUGCUACCGAUGAGUCGAUCAGUAUCGAAAUAUUAGAAUCGCCUGCUGAUCACAUCUCUGAAAUCCCUGCUCAGUUUCAUUUCCAGCAAUUGGCAGAUGAUAAUGAUGCUAUUGAGUCUGCUUUGGGAUCUAUAGAAAAUUUACGGGCUGGAAUUGACUUGCCAAACCUACGAACCGGAGAAUCGGUAUCCAUCGCCAUAGGCACUCAAAAAAUCGCAAAAUUCAACGAAACGGUACCAAACACAGUCAACAUUUACGUGGCUGUAAUCAGGCUGGCACGAGAAAAUACUGAUAUUCUAAUAUCAUACAACCACCCUAUCGAAAUUGAUGCUCGUUCUUCGUCAACGACGAUAGAACGUGCAACAACUGUACCUGCUCAAGUCGCGCUCACCAAUUUUCAAGCUGUCGUCAAAUCAUUUACUAUUGUAGAUUAUGGCUUAUUUGCAUAA